AUGAAACACCCGAAGGCAAACAACGUCAACAUCACAAUCACUCCUUCCUCUCGACCCUCCACAAUGGAUGAUGCCAGCGGCCCACGCAGCGGUGUAACAAACGACAGUCGCCGUCAGCAACAUACCUCAAAGGUCACUGCCACUUCACCACCCCCGCAACAGUACACAUUCGAAAGCUCCACCACAACGUCAUCAGCCUCCUCAUUUUGCGGCGAUUAUACACGCUCUACUUCCAUGAACCAAGGAUCUGAUGUUGCGGGCCGUCAUGUCCAGGGACUCCCUGCCUCUGCAUUGGCAACGGUUGACGCUGUCCUGAACCGUACUCCUGCACGCCAUGAAGGCAUUGACAGGUUUGAUAAGUUGGAUAGUGGUGAUACGGAUGACGAUGAUAACAGCGAGAUUGGCCACCAUCAUCAGCAGAGGAGAACUAGACGUGGUGGAGGUCUGACACGAGACCAUCCCUUGGGACAAGAGCCCAAGGUCCCAAAGACCCAACCUCAGCGCCACAUCCGAUUAGCCGAUCCUCCUAUGAUGACUACCACCACGGCUAACAAGGGUUCUUCCCGCACACACAAGGUGACCCUUUGCAAACCUGGCAACACCAACAAAGCGACGCGACGGCGCUCUGUCAGUCCACGCCGAGGAGAGUCGAGACCGGAGGAUAGUGGAGUGACAGAAGUUGAUCGCAGCAGUAGCAUUGGCAGUCGCGAUCGGAACGGAGGGCAUUUCUAUAACUUUGAAAACACUCCUGCCCAUCCUCAGCAACCAUCCACCUUUAACAACCCGUACAAGAACCAAAACCAGCAACAGCAACAGAGCGAGAAGCAAAACCAACUAUUGGAGAUGUACCGUACAAAGUCCUUCAUAAGUGAACUCUCAUUCGAGCGCAAUAGUGGUGGUGGUGGUUAUGGCGGUGAUGGAGCAGGAGGAGUAGAGAAGCGAGGCGAGUACUUUGCGGCAAUGAAUUUCCAACAAGACCCCGAGAUGGAGAGACGAAUUGUCCGCAAGUUUGAUCGACACCUGUUGCCGCUGCUAGGGAUCCUGUACCUGUUUUCGUACUUGGAUCGGGUCAACAUCGGAAACGCUCGAUUGUUUGGACUCGAGGAGGCCGUUCAUCUCUCAAAUGGCCAAUACAACAUCGCUCUGGCGUCGUUCUUUUUGGCUUACUGUUUGUUUGAGCUGCCCUCGAAUUGGAUGCUUGUCCGUGUUGGACCCCGCACCUGGAUCCCUCUACUGAUGUUCCUCUGGGGCGGAGUCAGUUUGGCGCUAGCAUGGGUCACAGACUUUACAGGUCUGGUCGUUGCUCGCUUUGCUCUCGGUACUGCCGAAGCUGGGUUCGUACCAGGUGUCCUAUUCUACAUAACACUCUUCUACAAGCGGUCAGAACACUCCUUCCGCAUAGCAAUCUUCCUCUGCUUCAACAUCCUGGCUGGGGCCUUUGGAGGUCUCCUCGGCGCAGGGAUUUCACAACUCGCCGGGAAAUGGGGCCUCCAAGGAUGGCAAUGGAUUUUCAUCCUCGAAGCCAUCCCUACCCUCCUCCUCGCUAUCCUGACAUGGUUUAUCAUGACCCCGUCGCCAAUGCAGGCGAAAUUCUUGACGGAGGAGGAGAGGAUCUAUGCGACGAACCGGAUUAUUGUGGACAGUGAUGUGGUUCCGACGGUCGAAGCGAGUUGGAGACAGACGCGGUCGGCCUUGACGGAUGUGAGGGUUUAUCUGAUCUGUUUGGGGUCCAUGUUUUUGCAUAUCCCCAGUGCUGGUGUUGUCAUGUUCUUGCCCUCCCUCAUCGCUGACAUGGGCUUUAAAGCAACAACGGCACAGCUACUGACGGUACCUCCGUAUUUGGUCGCAGCCUGCGUCUCACUCCUAGUCCCCUGGUGGUCCGACCGCCUCGGCAUCCGCGGUUACUUUGCCAUCUUCAUCCCCAUGGUCUCUGUCGUCGGAUUCUCCCUCCUCGCCUUUGCCCCCUGGACCUGGCUGCGUUAUUUGGCGGUAACAUUCGCAUUAUGUGGAAUGGUGCCAACAUCCUCCAUUUUGACAUCCUGGUUGACAAACAACUGUGUCGGCCAUGCAAAACGAGCAACCGCUCUGGCAAUGAUGGUCUCUGCAGGAAGUCUGGCCGGUAUGAUUGGCACUCAAGUCUACCGCCCAGACGACGCGCCUCGCUACCAACGAGGUCAUAACGUGAUGGCGAUCUCGAUCUGCUGCCUCAUCUUGAACUCCCUCGUCCUGAGAACAAUGCUGUCGCGCGAGAACCAUCGCCGUGACAACAACCAAACAAAGGGCAUUCGCUUGAUUCAAUUUAUGUCCGAGGGACACCUUAACGACCUCGGGGACAUGCAUCCCAACUUCAGAUACACCUUGUGA